GGGAGACAAGGGCGGAAAGCAGACGCCAUGGGGCGCGGUCGCGAAAGGCAAGGGCCUUGGAGUCGGCGGCCCGCGAGCCGUUCCGAUGUCGGAAACGUUCCACAUAGCGGCUCUGCGCCCCUACCCCGGCGCCGACGGAGAGUGGCUGGUCAAGCGGGGCGGCGCGCGCAAUGACGCGGAGGUCCUGGACACGCAACAGAUGGCCGGCAGACUGACGGCGGCCAACUGCGAGGCUGUCGCACGGCCAGCCAAGUGGAUCAGCAUGGCGGCGGGCACCAUUCGCCAGUGCCACAAAGUGAUGAAGUUCGUGGAGCACGAUCCACGGCUCACCGGCCUGCCGCAACUGGCGCAGCUGUUCGACGACGCGCUUGCUACGGCCGCGCAGGCCCUGGACACUACGCAGAGCCGGUGCGAGACGGCGGAAUGCCAACAGGCACUGACGACGCUCUUGGGCCACUUCAGUGACGCGGACUCGCUGGAAGCAUGGAAGCGGGCAGCGCUCUAUGCUGCCAACGUCUACAACUACAGUAUGCAAUGCCUGCAGGCACAUGCGCUGUUGAGCCACCGCAUGACCUGGACGAGCGAAUUGGCGAAGCACAUUGCGUCGAUGCCAGAAGUGCGUCCCUUCUUACAGGCACCAGAGAAUGACGAGGUGCUUCUGGAGACGUUGGUCGCUUUGCUGGCCAAAGACCACGUCGGGGGAGGUGCGGAAACCUCCGACCCGCUGUUGGGCGGCAGCACGCUGCCGUGGACGCAGACACCACAGGUCGAGGGUGUACCGCCUUUUUUUGGGUUGGCUGCUCCAAAGAAGGUCCUGUUCGGCAAGCGGCCGGCGGAGGCGGCGCCACCUGUGCAGCCGCCGCUCAAGAUGGCGCGUGCCAAGGCAUCGGCUCCGGGCCCCACAUCGGCGCAGGUGGAACGCCAGCGACAGGAAGACGGACUCGCCCAGGUCCUGGCGUUCUUGGGUGAGCCCUCGAGCGACCAAGCAGCCACCGCCGCAGCCUUUUUGGACCAGCUCCACCAGGUCAAAAGCAAGGCUGGAAUUCCCGAAGAGUUGCGUCGGGGCGGGCUCUUCGUCCUGGCAUACACGGGGGAGAAGUUUCCGGCGGACCAGAAAACAGCUGAGUUGGAGGAGCUCAUGAACGAGCUGAAGGCAGCGGAAGUCCCGCAGGAAGCGCAGCAAAAGCUGGAGCUGAAAGAAAAGCUCUUUCUAAGCAAACUUCUGCCCGCGGAGAACUUGGCGGUCUUCGUGGAGAACCUCGUGGGGGCGUGCACUGCCGUACCCGGGCCGAAACAUGACCAGCUCAGGGCGGCGCUGGAACAAGUACCCUCGAGCCUGCGGCUCCUGCUUGGCUUGCCUGCGCCAGGGAAGUACAGCAGGCAGAAGGCACACGGCUGGGAGCGCGACUUCAGCCGCAUGCUGGCACUUGCUGCAGCUGGCUUCCGAGCACACUACGAUGCGCUUCUGUGCCCAGACAGUCCGGCCGAG